AUGAACGAAGGAAUGAACGUCGAAGGAUUGACAUUGCGCAGCUUUCCAGAUGCUGACUGGCAAGAGCACAACCUCAGCGAUCUUGAGACCUGUCUGUCGGAGCUCCGUACUUCUUGCCGAACUCACAACACCAACGUCCUUUUCAUCAACCCAAUUUUCAAAAAACCAGACAACAUCCAGUCCAUAAACUUCCUUGUUAAAUUUUUCCGGCUCCCCCAACAUAUUAUCGACGAUCGAGAACUUAACGAGAAUGAUGGGUACUGUCUUACGGCGAUUCUUACAUCUGCAUCCCUCACCCUACUCCCUGGUGCGAUAAAUACCGGCGUUGCAUGGAAGUUCGGCAUUAGUGAUAAAACUGCGAAUACCCAUGAGCACAGAGGAUUAGAUACGAAUUGA